CAGCUGACUCUGCUGUUUUCCUGACUCAGUUACUUGAAUCUGUGCAAACAGUGGACACAAGACAUUAGAUACAGUAUAGCACAGGAGCUGAUACACAGUGUUCUAGAUCUAUUAGAAUGCAUAGAUUAUAGGCAUUGAGAUCUGUUUUUCAGAUUUACUAGAGGAGGUGGAUUGAGUAUUGAAGGUUAAAGUUUGAGGUUACUAAGGGUGAGACGAGGAUGAGUUAUAAGGAACGUCUGCAGACUUGGAGAGAUCGGAUGAGCGAAGAGCUGGACAGGGUCAUGAAUUUCUGGAUCCAACACUCACACGACGAGGAAUAUGGGUAAAUGUGCCUUAGUUGCCCCUGUGCUCACAAUACGGUUGGGGUGUAUAUUUUAACAAUGGUGGGUAGAUCGUUGGAUUUUAUUUAUGUAGAGAUCACCCAGUCAUUGGGUUAUUCAGGAUAACAAGACUUGUGGAAAAUUGAGAACACAAUUAUAAGUUUCAGGCUAAAAUAUGCAAGACGGAAAAAUGGCAGUCUUUUUUGUAUUAGAUGCUAUUCCAAUUUGGUUACGUUUGUCCUAAAAUUUGCACUUCUCCUGUUGAUGUUUAACGUUUGAUAGUUUAGAGAAUGUUCCUGUUAAAGGGACAAUAUAGGCACCAUAACCACUUUUAGCAUAAUAGAGUGGUUAUGGUUCUACAACCCUGUGCAUGCACCCUCAUGUCUGACAUAAGGGGUAACACUGUCUGAAUCUCAGCACCCUUAGCCUGCUGACAUUGUGCUCUCCUGGAAAAAAGUGCUUGCAAGACGAUCACUGCCCGUGUCUGUCUGAUGAUGAUCUACAGCUGCAUGCAGCAGCAGCACCAAUCAUCAGAGAGACAUGGACAGUGUUUGGAAUUCCUGAAGAGCAUCACCUGCCAGUUCCUUCCACAAUGAGCUGGGUAGGGUUGUAAAUGACCCUACUAAUAUACCAUUGUAGUGGUUAUUGUGCCACGAGUGUCCCACAGGAAGAUGUGAAACCAUUAUAGCAUUGUCUGAAAACUGACCUGGGUCCUGCCAAAUGCCCAUGUCUCUGUCAAGUCUUCUCCUACAGAAGAAGCUGGAUGUCUCUAUAGAAAAAAUCUUGGGCCAGCGCAGGACUGCGUUCAUUGACUGAGAGCGUUCAGCUGAUGCUGUCAAGCAAUGAGAGGAGUCUGGCAAGGCCCUGCUUUGCUCUUAUAUAGUUUUUCAACUUCUCCUGCUGCAUUAGAUACGAUGCAGGGGACGCAACUGCUGACACCAGGUGUGACCCAGUCACCCAGCUAAGUUGUAAAGAUAAAAACGGCAUUCCUGGCACCAUAACCACCACAACUUGCUGUAGUGGUUACGGUUAUUGGAGUGCCAAGAGAGAAUGGCAGCACCCACAAGGGACAGGUUCAGGUAAGUAGAAGUCACCUUUGCCUGCACCCUCUCCUGGCCACCAGACCCCCAAUGGCGAUGUCACCAUUGGUGUUUUUGCAAAUUAUGCCAUUAUCAAUAAAAGUACUGCAUUUAACCUAUUAGAGUUAAAACCAUUAACCCUAUUGUGCUUCGAUGCACAUACCUACCAAAUGUCCUUUUUUAGGAUGGACAGUCCCAGUUUUGUGCCCAUACAUCUUGGUUUCUAUACUAAUUGCAUGUCUUUAUUUGAGCUUCACAGUUGGGUGUUCCAAUGUGGGUGUCUAUAAAAUUCAAUUUAUCUGAUCUUGUUCUAAAUUACAUUCCAUUUACAUCAAUAGGUCAUGAAGACAUCUUAAAAUGUCCCAUAAUAACCCUCACCUAGCCACAAAGCCUAAAAUAAAAGAUUCCCACGUUAGACUUUUCAAGGUUGGGAGAUAUGCAUUAAUCAAUGGAAUAUUCAAUAGCACUUUGCACAGGCUUCGGUUGACUGGCAAAAAAGGUUGUUUCUGCCAUCAGAUGUACUACUUGUAUGUCACCUUUACAUCACGUGUCCCUGAUUUCCAAUAUUGUAAAAAUACUAUAAAUAUUACAAUGCAGAUUUAGUUUAUUUUCAAAACUGAUAAAUGAAAUAAAAAAUCUGAAAAUUCAAUGCCAAGCCAACUGAUUUCAAAUAUUUACACAACUCUGUUAAAUUUGGUCAACCAGAAAUAAAUGUUUGGUUUUGAAAGGCAAAUAUCACAGAUUAGACUUUUAUCUGUAAAGAAUUCAGAAUCUUUUUUGCAUGUGCUCUGUCAUAGAGAUUGCAAGUCUCUAAUUGAUUUAUUAUUCUGGAUUAGAUCACACAAUGGUUUUUGUGCACACACAGCUUCCUGAUCCUGCUUCCUUUGUAGACUUUCCAUUUUUAUUUAAAGGGAUAAAUGAUCUCCCUCCAUGUUUUAGUGCAUUAUGGAGAUAAUGGGUUAAAACUUGCAGUGUAUGUGUCAUUGUGUGUAUCUGUGUGUCAGUGUAUGUAUCUGUGUAUUAGUGUAUGUGUCGUUGUGUGUAUCUGUGUGCCAGUGUAUGUGUCAUUGUGUGUAUCUGUGUGUUAGUGCAUGUGUCGUUUUGUGUAUCUGUCAGUGUAUGUGUCACUGUGUAUCUGUGUGUCAGUGUAUGUGUCAUUGUGUGUAUCUGUGUGUCAGUGCAUGUUUCAUUUUGUGUAUCUGUGUGUCAGUGCAUGUCAUUGUGUGUAUCUGUGUGCCAGUGCAUGUGUCAUUGUGUGUAUCUGUGUGCCAGUGCAUGUGUCAUUGUGUGUAUCUGUGUGUUAGUGCAUGUGUCGUUUUGUGUAUCUGUCAGUGUAUGUGUCACUGUGUAUCUGUGUGUCAGUGUAUGUGUCAUUGUGUGUAUCUGUGUGUUAGUGCAUGUUUCAUUUUGUGUAUCUGUGUGUCAGUGUACGUAUCUGUGUGUCAGUGCAUGUGUCAUUGUGUGUAUCUGUGUGCCAGCACAUGUGUCAUUGUGUGUAUCUGUGUGUCAGUGUACGUAUCUGUGUGUCGGUGUAUGUGUCAUUGUGCGUGUCUGUGUGCCAGCGCAUGUGUCAUUGUGUGUAUCUGUGUGUCAGUGUGCGUAUCUGUGUGUCGGUGUAUGUGUCAGUGUGUGUAUCUGUGUGUCAGUGUACGUAUCUGUGUGUCGGUGUGUGUAUCUGUGUGUCAGUGUGCCAAGGUUGAGAAUGGGUCGUUUCCAGCAUAUCCUUGAGAGAAGGAGGGUAAAUCAGUUCUUUAUUGUCAUCUGUUUGUUGAUUUCUGUUUCUAGAGGUUUCUUCACCUGUCUCAGUCAAAAUGGUGACAUCUACGAUGACCUGAAGUAUAUCUGGCUGCAAGGCAGGCAGGUAAUAUGACUUUAAAAUCACAACACGCACUGCAGGGUUUUUCUGUAUUUCACAAUUCCCAUGCAAUUUCAAUGCAAGAUCCCUGCAGGCUAUAACUGUUUUACCCUCUUUCUAGUUGUGUUUUAUAGAGUAUAGUUUUCUCUGUCUGAGUUUUGCAGAAUACUCUGAUCAGCCACAACAUCAAAACCACCUGCCUAAUAUCGUGUAGGUCCCCCUCGUGCUCCUAAAACAGCUCUGAUUGGGGCUUAGACUCCACAAGCUCUCUGAACGUGUCCUGUGGUAUCUGGCACAAAUACAUUAGCAGUAGAUCCUGUAAGUCCUGCAAGUUGCGAGGUGGGACCUCCAUGGAUUGGAUUUGUUGUUUCAACACAUUUAUUACUGGUAUUUAUAAAGCGCCAACAUAUUCCUUAGCGCUGUACAAUUAGGGAAGAACGUACAAUAUACACAGACAAAUACCUAGAGAGAGCCCUGCCCGUAAGCUGAGAUCUAGUCAUUGAAGCUCUUUUAUACAAAGUGCAUACCUAGAGAGCCCGUGAGCCACAUCCAACAGAUGCUCAAUUGAAUUGAGAUCUGGGUAAUUUAGAGGCUAAGGCAACACCUUGAACUAUUUGUCAUGUUCAUCAAACCAUUCGUGAACAAUGUUUGCAGUGUGGCAGGGUGCAUUAUCCUGCAGAAAGAGGCCACUGCCAUCAGUGAACAUCAUUGCCAUGAAGGGAUCUGCAUAAAUCUCUAGGUAGGUGGUAUGUGUCAAAGUAACAUCCACAUGAAUGCCAGGACCCAAGGUUUGCCAGAGGAACGUUGCCCAGAGUAUAACAACGCCUCCGCCGGCCUGCCUUCUUCCACAGUUCAUUCUGCUGACAAAUCUUCCCCAGGUAAACGCACACCCACCCAACCAUCCACCUGAUGUAAAAGAGGCAGAUUCAUUAGCAACUUUCUUCCAUUGCUCUGUGGUACAGUUCUGUCUCUCAUGUCCCCAUUAAAGGCAUUUUCGACGGUGGACAGGGGUCAUCAUGGGUACUCUGAUAGCUCUGCGGCUACGCAGCCCCGAAUGCAGCAAACUGUGUUAUACACUGUGUGUUCUGAUACCUUUCUAUCAUGGCCAGUAUUACGUUUUUCAGAAAUUUGAGUAACAGUGAUAGGCCCAGAUGGGCUAGCCUUCGCUCCCCACAUGCAUUAAUGAGCUUUGUGCACCCUAACGCCGGUUCACCAGUUGUCAAUGUUCUGACACCUUUCUAUCAUGGAAAGUAUUGAGCUUUUUGGCAAUAUGAGUAACAUUAGCUCCUCAGUGAUAGGUCCAGAUGGGCUAGCCUCCACUCCUCACGUGCAUCAAUGAGACCCUAACGCCGGUUCACUGGUUGUCCUUCCAUGCACCACUUACCGAGCACACACCACAACACUUGCCGUUCUGGAGAUGCACUGAGCCAGUCAUCUAGCCAUCACUAUUUGGCCAUUGUCAAUGCUUGUAUAUUUUCUGGCUUCCAAAACAUGAAAUUCUAGAAUUGACUGUUCACUUACUGGCUAAUAUAUCUCACCCCUUGACAGAUGUAAUUGUUAUUAGAUAACAAAUGUUAUUCACUCGUCAGUGGUUUUGAGGCUGAGGCUGAUCAGUGUAAAUGUUACCCUUUUCUGCCACUGAAGAGAACAAAGUGACAAAACCAAGGGAUGGAGCCCAUAGAUCUAUAGUACGAUAAUCAUUAUGAUAAUUGUAGUGGUUAUGGUGUUUUAAGUAUUCCAUUAAAUAUUUAGAACCUUACGCUUACCUAUUUAUUUUUUACUUUAUCAAUUACUUGUGUUUCUACCCUGCCUGCUAUGUCAGUCAAUCACACUUUUUUCUUUUUUUUCAUUUGCAAAAAGAAUAAUUCUUUUGCUUGUCUGUCUAGGUUUGGAUGUAUUGCCACCUGUAUAGAAAAGUAAGCAAGUUUCACAAGGAAGAAAUACUUAAUGCCGCAAUAAAAGGUAAGAUGGGGCAUGAAUACAAGGCUGGAAUAACCAUAUUGUAGUCCAGCACUUAAGGCACAGAGGCCAGGUUUUCUCGCUAUUCAUAUUGAAAUAGAAUUGGUAAAUGCUAAAAUUCUGCAGUAUUGAGGAGUGGACUAUGGUUAGAACUGAUCUAGACACUUAACAUUAUGUGAUGUAGAGCAGUGACUUACACAGGUCAUGGCACAUGGCCUGGGCUCCAUUUGAAGGGGGCACCACACAGUCGAAUUACCCAUUAGGCGACCAAGGAGGCUGCCUGGGGCCCCUGUCUGAGCUGAGCGCUACGGCUCUGAUCGGGUCCUUCUCCAGCCGGCACAAUGACCAAAAAAAAAGAACAUUUGGAAAACUGUAGUCCUCUUAAAUUUGCCUCUAUUUUCCCAUAACUUAUUCAUUGUAACUUGACUAUUGACUGACUCCAAGUUCUCCUCAGGCACCAAUUAAGUUACACAAAAUAAUGGUAACUCCGAACUAGUCCAACAACCAUACAAAGGGCACAAGCCUUUCCUUAAGUUAUUUUGCUAUGUAUCCAGGGUGAUUGUUGUGAAGGUCUCCAAUUUAUUCAAUAUCAUUCAGAUAUUUGGGUAAAGUAGUGGUUUGAAAUGAAAAAUGAAUACUUUCUUAGCCUAUUAGUAGCUCCCCAUUCACAAAAGUACAUACGUUUCUCAAACUGUUUGUGAAUGGAGAGCAACUAUAAGUCUGAGAUCGUCAUUUGACACUCUCAGCCUCACAUUAGUUCCCAGUCUGAGUCUUCCAGAUUCAAGCUUGACUGUGGCAGAAAUAGCUGGGAAGGCCAAUUAAGCACCGGAUUUAAGACUUUGGGGUUAAACUGUAUGUUAACUGUGAUCCGGCGCCUGGGGACCUCCUCUCACCAUGGCAACUUCAUUCUGAUGUAAAUUUCCUGUUGGUAAAAUUUAACAUUGCUCAGCAAACUGUAUUUCAAGAAAAAGAUCUGAAAUUAAGAAAACUCAAUGAUCUUUUCAUUUCUUACAAGAACAAAUGAAAGAGUCAGAAGGGUGGACAGUAGUCACAGCAAAAGAAGGAAACGGAUAGUCCUGAAAAAACAAUUGUUCCCGUUACGUAAUUUUAAGUCAAUAGUUUUAAAAUUAAAUAGUAUGUAUGUAUGGUGGGCAGUGGGCAGUUUAUAUUUGCCAGUCUCCAUUUAAAUUUGGAGUCUGGCACGUACCAUCCGUAUUGGGCCUCACUGAAUCCGUAAUCUGUCUAUGAAUCUUUUUAUAUUCUUUUAUUUUGUAUAAUUCCAUUUUGUGGUUGCCAUUAAGACAGUUUGUUUUCCCACGGUGCCCUGUGAGUAAAGUCUGCCUUGGGCAAGAUCUGGUUUUCCAACUAGUUGAUGCCAACCACUGGAGGUCCGGUAACCUGUGGUAAACUAACACAAGAAACAGACUGUUGGAGACAGUGUGCUAUUCUCUAAUCCGUGAAAAUAAAAAAUUUAAUUGAUAUAAGGGAUACAUUUGACAAAAAUAGAAGACUAUUGGGCUUUUCUCUGCACAGGAGGGGAGUUCCUUCUGGCUCAUGCUCGACCCAACACAGAUUCCAUAAAAUGUGCCUUUGUCGUAACGCGAGAUGGACAAGCAGUAAAAGUGCAACGGACCAUCUUCAGUGAGUGUUUCUUCAUCAUGGCUAUGGAUGAACUAUGGAGAACCACUAAAGAGGAUCAGUAUAAGGUGAAGCAGAGGCAGAUCCACCUCCUGUAAUAUGGAUAGAACAGGAACCAGUCAAAUAUAUUUUGGUUGGAUCAAUAUGUGUAUAUCUGUGAGAAAAUAUUAAAUAUGUUUCCAAUAUUAAUAGUUUAUGUAUCAAUUACAUUAAACAGAUUUCUUUGGGCACAAAUAUUGUUUGGGUAACUUGCCCAGUUGAAAUUUUACAUUACGGGUUUGAGUUGCAAGUCUUUUCAUUAUAGAUCUUUAAUUGAUCUCUACAAUUUUGCUGAAUGGACUUUGAUCUGUACAUUCCAGUGCGAUGUUUAUCUAAAUGGGUAACUUCUUGGCCUUGGGUCACGCUGGUUUUAUUCUAGACAUAGAUUAAACGAUCAUAGGCUUGGGGUCGGAAAGUAUGGACAUGAGUGGUCAUUAUAGAUAUCUAAUGAUAUCUUAGAAUUCCAGCUUGUUCACGCAUACUAAAAAAAUGAUCAAUUAGAGGUGUUUUAAAUAAAAAAUAUAUUUUAGUCCCAACAAGCUAGAACUAAUUUAAACUUAAGUGUAUGUUUGUGUGAAGGUCUGUUAGAGUAUUACUGUUGCACAGAGUCUCAAGGUGAACAAAUUUAGAAGUCUGACUAUCUUGGUUCUGCAGGAGGAGGCUCGGAAAACGAUGGAUCAGAUUGUAUAUUGGGUACGAGAAGAUUCAUCUGGUUUGGGGAGACCAGAGCUUCCUGGUGCAGCUCCAGUGAAUGCUAUGGCUGUGCCAAUGAUGUUGCUCAACUUAGUAGAUCAGCUGAGUGAAGAGGAUGAAGAGGCAGCAAAGAAAUAUGAGGAUUUGAGAAAAUGGAGUACUGAAAGGAUCUUGCAACAUAUUCAGGUAUCAACUGUAUAUAAAAAGGCAUGGUACAUUAAUUAUUUGUAUAAGUAUAAAGCACCAAAAUCAGGGUUCGAGUCCUGCAGGAACGUGUGGGAACGACGUUCCCACUGUUGCUGCAGGCACACAGGGGGCAGCAAAAAAUGCUGCCCCCCAUGUUCCACCUGCCUGUCUCCAUAUCAGACGCGGCGAGGUUGCUGUGUUAUCUCUGCUCCCUCUCGCCUUGCGCCAUUUGUUGGUGCCGGGAGCCGGAAUAUGACGUCAUAUUCCGGCUCCCGACAUCAGUAGACAGCCCGCGCGGCGAGAGGGAGCAGAGAGAACACAGCAACUUCGCCGCGUCUGAUGUGGAGACAGGCGCCCGCCCCACUGGACCUCAGGGAUAGGUCCACGCCAGCUCUCCAGGUAGGGAGGCUGGGUGGACAUUUUUUAAUUUUAAAAAAAUUAUUUGUGUGUGUCUGUGAGUGUCUGGAUGUCUGUGAGUGUCUGGAUGUCUGUGAGUGUAUGUGUGUCAGUGUGUGUGUGUGUGUGUGUAUAUAUGGGUGUGUCAGUGUCAUUUGACACUCUCAAAUAUAUACACGUGCACACACACACUGACAUAAAGUGUGGGAGCUCUCCCAAGAUUCCCCCCCCCCCCAAAAAAAAAUAUAUACACUUGUAUAUGUGUGUGUGUGUAUAUAUAUAUAUAUAUAUAUAUAUAUAUAUAUAUACAUACACACACAAGUGUAUAUUAUUAUUUUUUUUGGGGGGGGGGAUCUUGGGAGAGUUCCCACACUUUAUUCCCCAGGACUUGACCCCUGACCAAAAUGCUUUAUGAAAAAAGAGCACAUCUGGGCUAUUUAAAUAAAAUUUAAAGGGGCACUAUAAGCAUAAAACAAUGUUAGCUUCAUGAAGCUGUUUUGGUGUACAUGUUAUCACCCUGCUGUCUUACUGCUCCAUUUUCUGCCAUUUAGGAGUUAAAUAACUUUAUUUAUGCAGCCAUAGGCACACCUCUCUGCAUGUGACCUAAACAGUCUACCUAUGUUAAAACUUCCUUUAUUGCACAUUCUGUUUAAUUUAGAAUUUCAUAUCUCCUGCUCUGUUAAUAGGAAAAUCCUGUGGGAGAGUCAAGUUCAAUUAGUAGGGCAGGAUAUAAACUUCCAAAGUAAACACGCUGUAUUGACUAAUAAUUAAAAACUUUUUUAUGCAGGCUGUGUCAGUCACAGCCAGUGGAGGUGUGACUAGAGCCACAUAAAAAGAAACAAAAGAGAUGUAACUCCUAUAUGGCAGAUAAUUGAGUAGUGAGACUGCAAUGGCAUGAUCUAUACAUCAAAACUGCUUCAUUAAGCUAAAGUUGUUUUGGUGCGUAGAGUAUCUCUUUAAGAAAAAAAAAAACAGAGAAGAAAAGAUUUUAUAAGAUUUAAUGUCUAUUUUCUCUCCUUUACUAUGGCUAGCGAGAUGGUAGUGCUGUGCUGGAGAACGUGUCUGAUGAGGGAAAGGAGCUUCCAGGCUGUUUGGGAAGACAUCAGAAUCCAGGUAAAUACAUACUACAUCUCAAUGCUUGUGCCUUCACUGCUGAUCGUCAUCAAGCCCAUUCCUUCAUGUCUGUUUCUCCUUUUCUAGGCCAUGCUAUGGAAGCAGGCUGGUUUCUCCUGCGUCAAGCCAUUGCACAGUCUAACCAUGACUUAGGCCGUAUCGCUGUUGAAAAGUUUGUGCUUCUUCCAUUCCUCUCUGGUUGGGAUCAGGAAUAUGGGGGUCUUUUCUCUUUCCAAGAUGUGGAUGGACAUUGCCCUACACAGGUGAGAACAGAGAGUAGUUAAAAAAAAAAAAAGAGGCUCCUAUAGCUGCAUUAAAUUGACAUUACUAAUAUUUACUAUAUUAACAUACUACUUAAGAUAUAGAUUGACCUACUAAAAACAUUUUGGUAAAUUCUAUUUGUUUUCUCUGCAGCUUGAGUGGAGCAUGAAGCUCUGGUGGCCACAUACAGAAGCACUUAUUGCUUUCCUUCUGGGAUAUCAGGCGACCAAUGACCCACAGCUGCUGGAGCACUUCCAAAAAGUCUUUGACUAUGCGUUCAGUCGGGUGAGUGCAUAUAUAGCUGGGAGUUUUAGAAAAGAGACCCUUUGGAGGAGGAUGAGACAACAUUUCCAGGUGUUGUGGACCUACAGUUACCACGAUACUUUUCAAGGUAGUGGGUGGUGAACAAACUUAAAUCUGUAGUUCUAGAACAGCUGGAGCACGACCUUUCCUGCUCUAGACUAGAGGAUUGUCAAUGCUCUCACACUUGAGGUGAUGUCAGUGCACUGUAUAUCAGAGUCUUUCCGUUUUUAAUUUAUAAGGACAGGAAGGUCACCAUCUAAGAAGGUUGACACAGGACAAAUUGUGCAACUAGGCCUUCCGUCUAUACUUGCCAUUCUGGAAAACUGGUGGACACUGUGCUAGGUUCUUUUACCUAGGAGCAAUGCACCAUUGAUUUUCUGCAAGGAAAAUAAAGUAUUAGGUCAAAAACUAUUUUAUAACGGAGACUGGAAUCUGACAACAUGUAGCCUCUAAAUCAAUUGAUAUUAAUUGUAAAGUAUCUGAUGUAUCAUGCCAUCCCUACACCUGAGGUUUAUCAAGCAGAGUAAGACAUUUUAGAUGUGCCCAGGUUUUCAUUGUGUGCAUUGUUGCCUUCAUAGUUUUAAGCCUGGGCUCCUCAUCAAGAGGGAACAUUCGACCAAUGCUAUAUCUGAUUUUUUAUUUUUUUUAAAGCUGCGAACAAUCGUUUAUAUUGCCACUAAAUAACUAAAGACAUCGAGGAAUACAACAACAAAUGUUGCUCUAUUUAAAUUUUUGUAUGUAGAAAUCUGGUGUUACUGUGACGUUAUGAGUUAAUUGCAUUUGGAAACAUUUACAAGGAAUAUAAUCCUAAUUGGUCCUUUUAAGACAUUGGCUUGAUGAUAAUUAGGAAAGAUAUGCUCCAAAAGGCAGAAAGCCAAAGUUUCAUACAUGUGUUUAACACCUAACAUUUCUUGUUUUAAGUUUUCAGACCCGAAGCAUGGGGAAUGGUUUGGUUACCUGAGUAGAGAAGGCAAAGUAGCACUUAGUAUCAAAGGGGGACCAUUUAAAGGUGAGUCAUAAUAAGGGCCAUGUUUAUUCAUAACACAUACUUGCCAGGUGUCGUCUAGUGUGUGAUUUUAUUUUUUUUUGGAAUUUGAAUUGGCAAGGUAAUAUAGUACCAAUUCAACACAUGCUUAAUACUCGCUUAGGUUGGCCACUCUUGAAUAGGUCCCACUCAAAUCACCAAUGCCCUUCCAAUUUAUGUUAAUGUGUGGGGCUUAUAGAAAAACACUAGAGCAACUGAUAUUUGUCACUGGUUUUAAAACAAUCAUCCACUUUAUUGGUCACUGGUCAUUGGUCGACGUGUUAAAAUUGAUCCACAAAAUCUUUUAUUUUUCUUUCUUCAGAAUGCAAACCCACAAGGAUAUAUUCUAUAUAAAGCAAAAUGUGGUUAUUCACUUAAAGAGACACCUCCACAUUAUAAAAACUUUUGUUUAUAACUUUAUAAGUCCACUUUUUAACAUUUCCCACCUGAUGGAGUGUUGUGAAGUUUACUGUGUCCCCUUUCCUGCAAAAAUAAGGAGUUUCCUUACCUAUAAUCCUGCAGCGAUAGAGUCCCAGGCCACAGCUUCACCUCCCGGAGAUUAUUACUACUGAUGAUAUGCCGGACAAUCAAAUGCUUCAAAGCAUCGGGACACAGGGCACAUGCGCUUGCAAUACCUUUCAUAGAGAAGCAUUGAAUCCAAUGAUUCUCAGUGAGAAUCCAAACAUCCACUUUGUGCUAGGGCACUUUAGAAAAGCGCCAGUUUCUCUUGAAAUCAUCACUUUUAUAAAGUGAGGACACUAUGCUGAGCCCUAAUGCACUUCAGCAAGCUGAAGUGCUAUAGGCGUUUGAAGUAUUCCUUUAAAACUGUAAGAUGUAAGUGGACAUUUUUUUUUAAAUAUUUUAUAUAAAUAUAUAAUAUUGCAACUCUCUUUUUAGAUAAUAAAUACCAGUAGAGAUGUAGCGAACUUCCCGCGAACGGCUCGCCGCGGUUUACCGCGAACCGUUCGCUGCGAGCUCCAGUCAGCUGACACAUCCCGGCCAAUCUCCAGCAGACCCUCCCUCCCAGAUCCUCCCACCUCCUGGACAGCUUCCAUGUUGAAGGCAGCUUCAACAUGGAUGCUGUCCAGGAGGAGGGAGGGUCUGCUGGAGAUUGGCCGGGAUGUGUCAGCUGACCGGAGCUCGCCGCAGCCGUACGCGGGAAGUUCGCAACCGGUUCGCGACAUCUCUAAACCAGUACAUUUCAUUGAAGUCAGAUAGGAAUAGAGAAAUCAAACUAUAUUUAAAAAUAUUCAGGGCUUUAUUCAUUAAUUUGGCAAUGAGUGUGGUACUGUAUCAUAAUGCCACAGCUGAUUGUCUCAAUAAAAUACAUAUUCCUGGACUUUAUUAAUUAAAGCAGCACUGUCCCCUCCUACCCCCAAAAAAUUGUAUUUAAUAAAGAAUCUUUAUGGAAUACUCAAUUUGACCGUGUUGGAAUUUCACUGAAAUUGCACCCGUCAAGAGAUUUACAGAGAUAAAGAAGGGACUAGGGACCUCUGCCUGACCUUCUCAGACUCUGGGCAGAGCUACAGACCGCAGGUCCUCCAUAGACCUCAAUGCUGUACUCUUGCACACGCUGAGGCACCAUGAGCUAAAGUGGACUCACUGUAACAAGAUGGCCGUGCUCAUGAGGGACAGGUUCAGGUAAGUAAAUCUCACCUUUACCUUUCAAAGUGAAUCACUCAAAACUGCUGAUCUGAAAACUUAGCUGACUUGUAAAUAUUUUCCAUUUUCGCUAUUUUGCUCUAAAAUUCGAAAAACAAUUUGAACUCCUGACAACUCAAGUUUUACCCAAUAACCCUGUGUAUUUACACUUGUAUUUGAAGCCCGACACUGAGCAAUACGCAAAAUAAAAUGUACGGCCCGCCAAGUUUAAAUGUAGCUGUUAAUCUGCUUUGGUUUAUGAAAUUCGUAAAAGUAAAACCGGUCAUAUUCAUGGCAGGAUGCUUUCACGUUCCGCGGUGCCUGUAUAUGUGCGAGGAGAUCCUAUCCAAAUUACUGGCAGAGUGUGACAAGACUUAAGAUCUGCCUUCAUCGAGCAUUGCUUGCUGAGUCGUGUAAUCCUGGGAUAUUGAGACUCGAAAAACAGAUUAUUCUAAUAGCUGGAUUAGAAUGUUUAUACCUGCUUUGCACAGUUAACCAGUCAGACUGCACUAACCUUCCUAACUCUGAAUCCUUUAAACUCCAGUGUUAGGGUUAGACAUAUCCUUUGUAAAUGUAUAGUCCAGUUUUUUUUAAAGAAAUCUUUGUUGAUAAACCAUCGAAACAUUAGAUAUUACUAUAAUUUGUAUCUAAAAAAAAAAUAAAUACAUAGAUUUAUCUACAUACA